AUGGACAAGAAAAACUGCAACAUCCUGCGAACAACAAGCAUACGAUUGGUCCCCUUUGUCAGUCUGGCCGCGUCCUUCUACCAGCCGGAGACCAUUCGCAACGAGAUUUACGAACGCAAUGAAGAUGUGUUUUUGCAGACUGACCUGCGCCAAUACCCAGAUUUGCCCGAGAAUGUGGAGAUGUACUCUGAUCUGACGCCCCUGGAGAGCGCGGCGCCGCACUCCAUGGCGACCAGCUUCCGCGCGGCGCAUCGCCACAGCGGCGACCACUACGCCAUCCGCCGCCUCCAUAACUACAACAGCGUCGGCAACAAACGCCUGGACGCCUGGAAACAAAUCGACCACCCCAAUGUGGUCCGUCUCCAUGACUGCUUCACCACCAAGGCGUUCGGCGAUCAUUCCAUGAUCCUGGUGUACGACUACCACCCGGGCUGCGGCAACCUGAUGAGCAAGUACCUGGCCACGGGCGGCCAGGGCUCCUCGGCGGAGGCCAACGGGGCCUACCACGACCCAUUCUCGUCCGACCCGGAUGCACCGAGGCCGUAUACCCACCAGAAGAACGCGAUGCUCCGCGCCGUGGCGUGCGGCGCUUUGCUACCGGAGGCGGUGCUGUGGAGCCUGCUGGUGCAACUCACGGCUGCCCUCCGCGCCAUCCACUCCGCUGGGCUGGCCUGCAGAACGUUGGACCCUACGAAGGUCAUAAUGAACGGAUGCCGGGUGAGGAUAGCGUGGUGCGGCGCUGCUGAUGCUCUCCACCCGACGGCCAACGACGUCACGCAGGCCCAGCAAGAAGACCUGACGGCGCUGGGCCGGCUUGCACUGGCGCUGGCGUGCCGGACGGUGCAUUGCGACAACCUGCCGGCAUCAAUGGACCUCGUGUCGCGCACCUACUCCGCGGACCUCAAGAACCUGAUACUGUACCUGCUUUCUACGACACCGACGCGCCGCUCCGUCACCGAUCUUAUGCCGAUGAUUGGCGCAAGGUUCUAUACUCAGGUGGAGGCGCUCGAACGUCGCGCGGACGCAUUCGAGGAACAGCUGGCUCGCGAAAUAGACAACGGUCGCCUCCUCCGCAUCCUUAUCAAGCUCGGCGUUAUCAACGAGCGUCCAGAGCUGAACAUGGACGCGUCGUGGUCCGAGACAGGCGAUCGGUACAUGCUCAAACUGUUCCGGGACUACCUAUUCCAUGCGGUGACCGAAGAUGGCCGACCCUGGAUCGACCAAGCCCACCUCGCCCACUGCCUCAACCAGUUGGAUGGGGGCACCAACGCGAAGGUGGAGCUGAUGUCUCGGGACGAGCAAAGUGUCCUGGUGGUGUCGUACGCGGAGCUGAAGCAUUGCCUGGAGCAGGCCUUCGACGAGGUGAUGUUAGCGGCGGGAGCGCCGCCCUAGGCCUGCCCUAAAGCCCUUGAACGUUCUACGCCCUCUUUCUAACCCAAAUGAUCCCGUGCAACUCGAUACCGUAAGCUAAUGUAGUUGCCGUUUGAUUACUAAAGCCUGGUCCGUGAGCACGUAGAAUCCCGUCCAAUGACCCCAAGCUGCCCAUCCUUGUCGCUCGCACGUAAUUAUGUUGCUGUCGCGCUCGCACACUCACUGCGGGCGCGCGUCACACAGUCGCGACAGCAAUAUAAUUACGCGCGAGCGAUAAGGAUGGGUAGCUUGGGGUCAUUGGACGGGAUUCUACGUGCUCACGGACCAGGCUUUACCACACACUAAAUGGGUUGAAAUGUUGCUGUUAAAAUAAGUCAUAAUUUUGAGCGGGGACUCCGUUUUGGAGGGCGUGGUCAGCCAUCGCUGUUAAUACGAGGCGAUCUCUAAUUGGAGAUCGACAAGGUUAUGAAUGAGAUGGGAACAAUAACUAACAUUUGCUGCUGGUUGUUACAGCGAACAAACACCACGCUCUACUAUUGGCCUUAUUACAAAAGUUAAACACACGUUGAACACUAGCUUAAAUCAACGAAGGGAGUCUAGUGUCUCGGCAAAUGCCCCUAACAGUUGGGAAUGGAGUGGUCAGUCUCGUAUGAUGCUUGUGACGUAGGCUCGGUGGCAUUUGAGUUGGAUAUAGGCGAGUAACGGUGCCCGAAAUGAGAUGAAAUUCGACAGUCGAAAAAAUAUCAAUGUUGCCGUUUCAACCCAUUUUUACCCAGAUUUUAGGGGCACAUUCACGUAAUAGUUUCUUCAAUGUGAGUAAUUAGUUAAGGUUCAAUAUGAAUGUCUGUAUCGUUUGCCUUCCUGUGACGUCGGUGGAAGUGAUUGAUCUCAUCUGUGCUGUCAAUUUAAUAGGCAUCAGGGAAGGCAGGGUUUGCUUAUAAUCGAUUAAAUGUAAUUCCCCGUGUUCCCCUUGUUGCCCCGCCAGUGUCUCGGUUACGUCAGGAAUGACCAAUCAUUUGUGGUUUGAAAGAUGGUGUCAGUUGAGACAGUCAAGAUUACUUCUAGAUGUACACGAUAUUAUUCACCUUAGCAUAGACAAUUUGAUGCAAGCCAUGCGAAACAUGGGUUUAAUAUUAUAUUCACUUAGCAGGUAAGGGGUGGCCACGCGAACCUGAAUAAAACGCAACUUGUUUGCCGGUACUCAUAAACAACCAAAGACAAAAUAUCUGUAACAGAUCUCAACGUGAUUUGUUUGGAUAUUGUUUUCGGAUCGCGCAGCUACCCUUCAAGAAUAUGUUCUUUUAAUAAUGUACGCACACGCGUCUAAACAUUUGUUGUCUAUAAGAGGACUGUUGCGAUGUAACCAGCUCACCAGUCCGAAGUUACUUAUCUGUAAUAGUAAUAACAUGAGUUUUCAAUAACUACAGUUUGUUCCUCAGUGUCACAUUUCGUUUUAAUACGUGUCGAUUACUGUCUCGUAGAACGAUCAUGGGCUAAGAAAGAGGCGUUAGAAUUAACAACGUCAGUGGCGCACUGACAUGUGUCAUGAUCACGGUCGGGAACCGCCAUUUGCGCGUUUUAGGAAUAUAGGAUAACCGAGGAUGCGUUGGAUCUGGGUUGAGUCGACCCGUGAGUUGCAUCUAAUCGUAGCCGCCACGCUUACGGGCCAAGGCUGCGGAUUCGAGCCACAAGUCCCACGUGUCGGCCUGCGAGCGGCGUCAUGCAACAGCGGACUCGAACAAUUCGGCAAGAGCCCUGAGGAGUUUUGUAAUGGAUAGGGUAGCAGAGUAAAUACAGCGAAGAGUAGCUGGGUCCUAUUCCACAAACGUUACACCAUGUUACCUUCCAUCUGCCACAGAGAAUCAUGCUAGUAAAUGAUUACCUGUGGCGGUUCCGAUACCACCGUGGGACGCUUGUGGCGUAGACUCGGGGACAUUUGAGUUUGUUGCGCAAGCGGCAGUAUCCGAUCGUGGUCAAAUUUGGAACACUUGUAAUUGAUUGUGUUAAUAUUGUACCUUUAUACCGUCGUCGUAACUCCCAACAGUUUGAGUGUCGUUGCGACGUGAUCUCCGCUAAGGUUUGAUGGGCCUGAUCUCUUCAAGAGUGUUGAAGAACUUUAAUUUACUGCCCGUUUAUCCGUCUCUGGGUUUUGAGCAAACUUGGGAGUUAGAAAGUAUCCGAUAUAGUUAUAUUCCUAGCUGUGACUAGGGUGUUCUUUUGAAACAAAUUAUUUCAUUCGAUUGAUUUAUGUUAUAAUAUGAUUUUCAUGUGUGGGAUUGAGGAUAGGACGGAGUUUAGUGUGCUAGCCCACUUGUGUUUUUGAGAGAAGUUCGUUCGAGUCUCAAUAGUCAUCGUAAACAAGUGUAGGAAUUUGUACAAACGACACGAACGAAAAGAGCCACUUACAAGGAUAAGCCAUGGAGAUCUUUAGGGGGCUAUUGUUCCUAGAGAUUGGCUAGCACUGUGAAUGCUGUCUAUGGUCUGUUACAACAUCAGUGUAUCGUACCGCCUGUGAGCCACAAACAUUCCAAACUAACACAAAUGAUGCGAGCGAACUGUGAACAUGGCCGACGACUACGUAGUACGGUCAGGAACAAGCGACUGUUUGGGUGGCAGUAAGCGCUUGGCUCAUAACUCUAUUGAGGGAAAAUCAGCAUUUGUUGGGACUACAAGAUAAGUAUGCUUGUUCCUGACAGCACAAUAACGCAGUUGCUAUGGUUAUAAAUUGUUAUGUGGAAUCAUUGCUCAAGGUGUGAAAAAAGCAUGUUUUGACCGAGAAUUAUUAUCACGUCUACUUAUUUUUCUGUUACGAACGAUUUGACCCGAACAAAAGCCAACAUCUUAAUACUUUUAUGUAUUUCAAAUAUUACAUAACCUGUAAUCACUUCUUGUCGUCAGUGAUGUUUGUAUAAUUUAUUAGCAACGACGAUGUUGACACUGGUUUGAAUACUGAUAUUUUUAAGUACCUACAACAAAUAUAAUACAACACGUACAUAACACGAUUCCCUCACACAAUACAUUUUACAUUCGUGAAAAGUUACAUUUAUUGAAACCAAAGAUCAAGACAUUCCAUGUCUUAUUUGAUGCAUUAGCUGUGUUGAUAUAUAUAUCUUGAUGCAGAUAAGUCGUUACGCUAUCUAUUUUAUUAAUUCUUCUCGGUCAAAACCAGUCUUUAUCUGUGCAUUCUGAAAACAUGCGCCAGCGGAGUGAAUAUCAUUGGAAAGAAACUACAUUAUCAUUGGCAGUGUCAUAAGAUUUAUCAUAAAGAUGUGCAGAAUAUGUUUGCGAUUUCGCACCUUGAGCCAUCGUGUUACGGCUGAAUUUGCAAGCAUAUCUGCCCAUGAAUACUAGAAAAGCGUUCGGCCGGUGUGCAGAUUACCAUUGAGUUGAUGAUCAACAUAACCCUCGUAAGAGCUCUCGCCUCAGCUUCUGACAAAUAAGAGACCGAGUCAAGACCUAACUCAAAGAGUCCACAGAAAUUUUAAGAGGAGCUGUUUGCUGUGAAAGAAACGUUUUCAAACUUUUAUCAACUUAGCCUGGUGCUCCUUAUUGUUUCGCGUAGUCUCUGGUUGAAGCGCGAUGUGACGAGGGCCUUACGGUUUGGUCUCGUAGAUCUGAAUUAUUAGACUAGGAGCAGACCACCGAUUUUUAGUUGGCCGAUAGUUGGCCCAAUUUUAAUUUGUAUGAAGAAUCGGCCAAAUCAAAUCGGUGUAAUGUGUGCACUCCCAUACAUGCCCAUACUGAUCAUCGGCCGACGAAAAAUCGAUGGUCUACGCCUAGACUUAGUAUGUAUCGAGAAUGUCAAAGUCAGAAUAUAAUUGUUAAUAAUAAUUAUGUACUGCUAACCUACCAUUGUUCCGUUUAAUAACAUUAUCUUGCCAAUUACAUGUUUUAAUUGUUUAUGUUAAACUGGGCCCUUAUAGGUCAGGUCUUUAACAAUAUACUUAGUUGAUUUGUUUACGAUAUUUUUGUCCACGAAGCCUUUACAAUUAUUUUUAUUUGCAAAUUGUAAAAUCGGUAUCCUUUAAUUUGCUGUUAAAUAAUUACGUAAGUUUCUGCAAUCUUGCAAUAUAUUAAAAUAACUAUAGUUACCUGUUAACAUAUUUUAAGUUGAUCAUUAUGUUUAUUUAUAAUCUUUCAAGCGUAUUUUUCAAUGUUUAUUUACACGGGCAAGUUCAUAAGAAAUGUCUUGAGUUUAUUUUUUUACAAUAAAAGUGUCUAUAUUUAUUUUGAUUGUAUAUCAGUUUUAGUUAUGUGUAAUUUCUACAUGCAUUCAUAAACAAACAUCAUCAUCAUUGUUUUGAAGAAAAAGUUCAGAAGGACUUACGAGUAUAAAAAUGUAAGGGCGUAUUCACACCUUUCCUUUUUAUUUUGAAACGUGGCAGUUUUGGUGGUUCAUAAGCUACAAUAACCUUCGUAGAUCACAAGCGAUACAAGAAGUCGACUACGACCGCUCGGUGUGAACACGCGCCGAUCCUCGCAGGCCUUAGUUUGGCCUAGAAGGCCAGCAUUGUCUAUUUGGUAAUUAUAUGUUACCCUAUUGACUAAUAACAUUUUUAGGUAAGAGUAACUUUAUUUUAUAUUUAUUUCUAAUGUAAUAACUGGUUUAUCAAAUAAAAUGGCGAGCAGUGGUUGCCGCUGGUGAUUCCAAAUUCCGACCUAUGUAGCAAUGGUCACUGAUGUACCACCAAUAUUAAGGUGGAAAUAUAUUACUUGAUAAGUAUAUGUAAAAUUUUUGUCUAAUAAAAUUAAAAAUUAAA